UUGUGGAUGAAAUGCUCAUUGACAUCAUCCCCUGCGCCAGGGCUGGUUAACCUCAGGGUUAACCAGGAGAGGAGCAGGACUAAACUCUGUUCCCCAAAUGUAAUUUAGUAACAGGGUGAUCCAGGACACAGAGGCAGCUUGGCAAAAUCUCCUCUCCUUGAAUCUCGGCGUUCCCACGGAUUACAAAGUCCAGCAUUUCCUACGGGCUGACCCUCCCUCGCUUUGGGCCAGGAACCACCAGGAUCCUUCUGGCCCAGGUGAACAGAGUCUCCGAGAGGGUCCUGAUCCCCAAGAUCUCUCCUAGACAAUUGAACUCCAGCCUCAGCACCAGAUAUGGAAACUGAGGCCCGUAGAGGGGGUAUGGCUUGCCCAAGGUCACCUAGGGAGUGAGUUGGAGAGCUGGGACCAGGCCUGGGGACCUCUGAUUCUAUCCAGAGCUCUUUUUUUUAUCAGCCACACCACACUGCAUCUUGGGGCUGGUGUCUACACAAGCUUGCCUCACGCUGGACCCACCUUGUCCUUGGGUCCCUGUGGCAUCCCCAGCUGGUUGCCCAUGGCCUUUGCAGAGCUCCUGGAACAAGUGGGCAGCUUGGGGAGGUUUCAGAUCUUUCAGAUCGUCUCCCUGGUCAUACCCAUCAUGUGUCUUACCACUCACAAUCUGCUGGAAAAUUUCACGGCGGCUAUUCCCCCCCAUCGUUGCUGGGUUCCCUUGCUGGACAAUGCCAGUGCUUCUGCCCUCGUCGCCAGGGGUCUGGGUCCCGAUGCCCUCCUGAGGGUCUCCAUCCCCUUGGACAAACACCAGAAGCCGGAGAGCUGCCGUCGCUUCCUCCAUCCACAGUGGCAGCUCUUGGAACUCAACGAAUCGGCCCCAAACGCAAGUGGAGCGGGUACAGAGCCUUGCCUGGAUGGCUGGGUCUAUGACCGUAGCGACUUCACGUCCACCAUCGUGUCCAAGUGGGAUAUGGUGUGCGACUGGCAAUUCCUGAAGCCCAUGGCUCAAUCCAUAUACAUGGCUGGCAUUAUGACUGGAGCUGUUAUAUGUGGCCCUGUCUCCGACAGGUUUGGGCGGAGGCUGGUACUGAGCUGGUGUUACCUGCAGAUGGCCAUCAGUGGCACCUGUUGUGCUGCUGUCCCCAACUUCUCCCUUUACUGCUGCCUCCGUUUUCUAUCAGCCUUCGCUGUGGCUGGCAUCAUGAUGAAUACAGGGACGCUCUUGAUGGAGUGGACAAAAACUCAGGCUAGAGCCAGGGUGAUGACUAUUAAUGCCCUUGGGUUUAGCUUCGGCCAGGCCUUGCUGUCGGGCAUCGCGUACGCCAUCCGAGACUGGUGCAUUCUCCAGCUGGCUGUGUCCUUGCCCUUCUUCCUCUUCUUUCUGUCUUCAUGGUGGCUGGCAGAGUCUGCUCGCUGGCUCAUCAUCACAGGCAAAAUGGACCGAGGGCUCCAUGAACUCAAGAAGGUUGCAAGAAUGAACGGGAAGAAGGACAUCAGAGACACCCUGACCAUCGAGGUGAGAAGCGCCAUGCGGGAGGAGCUGGCGGCCCCGGAGACGCAGCGGCCCUCCGUGAUGGACCUCUUCCGAACCCCGGAGCUGUGCAGGCGCUUCUGCUGCAUGCUCUCCGUCUGGUUUGCCUUUGGCUUCACCUUCUACGGUCUGGCCCUGGACCUGCAGAGCCUGGGGAGCGACAUCUUCCUGGUCCAGGUACUCUUCGGGGCCAUCGACAUGCCCAACAAGAUGGGCGCCUUCUUCGCCAUGAACCGCCUGGGGCGGCGCCUCACCCAAGCGGGGUCCUUGAUCCUGGCGGGUCUCUGCAUUCUGGCCAACACGAUGGUGCCCCAGGAGCUGCAGACCCUGCGCACCACCCUGGCCGUGCUGGGAAUCGGCUUCGUGGGCUCGGCCUUCACCUGCCUCGUCGUCUACUGCAGUGAGCUCUUCCCCACCGUGCUCAGAAUGACUGCUGUCGGUGGGGGCCAGACGACGGCCCGCCUGGGCUCUAUCCUGGGGCCCCUGGUGAGGUUGCUGGGCCAGUUCAAUCCUUUGCUGCCUCUGAUCAUCUACGGAGCCGUGCCCGUGGUCUCUGGCCUGGCGGCCCUCCUCCUACCCGAAACCCUGAACCUGCCACUGCCCGACACCAUCCAGGAUGUCAAGAGCCAGAUCCCAGGAGUGAAAGGGGCAGAACAGGGAGAGAGUGCUGUGAAGUCAACAAAAUUGUAGGACAAUCUCAAGAGCCUGAAGCUCAGGAAGAGAGUCAAACAAGGAGGUUGACUCUUCUCUGGGUCUGUCCUGCCUGUUACAUGUGGCCAUAGUGUGGGCAGAAUGCCUUGGGUGGGCUGUGAGAGCCCAUUUAGGAGAGAGAUUGGGGCCCUCAUCUGGGCAUCCUCUUCCCCAUUCCUCAGACUUUCCCCCAAUCCUCCUGAAUGCUGACCCAAGGCCUGAACACAGCCACAAAUGUUUCCUCCUGGUCAGAUUCCCAACCUCAGCACCAAAUCUCCACUCCUGAGUUCCCCUCUGUCCCUUCCUCCCCAGCCUCGAGCUUUCUCAAUGCACAGGAUUCUGUGGAUUUGGAGUGAGAGGACCUGAGUUUGAAUCUUAAUCCUUUCCUUGUGCUAUCUGUGUGACCUUUGACAAGUCACAUAUCCUCCUUGGGCAUCAAUUUCUUUCUUUGUAAGAUGAAAAGCUCUUAUCGUUGAUGUAUGGCCUGCCACCUUUUCUCAUUGCCCUUCAGGGGAGGCCUGCCCAAGGAGAGCUUGGGCCCAUGCCUGCUGGCAUGACUGCCUUGGUCAGGUCUCAAGAAGGUGUGAUAUCCCCCCCCUCACCAUAGACCAUGCAUGUCUGGGUAUGGAGAAUGGGAAAAGGGGCCAGGGCAAAGGGUGCUCGUCUUUACUGCCCAGGGCAGUAGGGCAUUCCCAAGACCUGGCAAUAAUCAUCACUUUUCUCUCCCCAAAUGAGGAAUCCCUGGGGGGGGGGGAGAAGGGGAGACCUUUGGUUUUCCAUUCCUCUCUGUUUACGGUCUCCUGGCUCUGGCUUAUAUGGGCCCUCACCAGACUCAGUCCUGUAUUCAAUUCAACAAACAUUUCUGUAAUAAAAUGGAAAGAAGAAGAAGAAAGAAGAUGAUGAUGAUGUUAUAGUCCUUCCCAGUAGAAUGGAAGCUUCUUGAGGGCAAUAAAUGUUUUGCUUAGGCCCUACUAAGUGCCUGGCACAUAGUAGGUACUUAAUAAAUGACUGAUAGAUGCGUA